AUGCUAAUACUGCAAAUUAAUCUCAACGGAUGCAAACUGGCGCAGGACCUCAUGCACCAAUGCGCAAUUGAACUCAGACCGGACGUCGUUAUAAUAUCCGAACCAAAUAGGCAACACCCGCACUGGUACAACGACACCAAGGGAGAUGCGUCGAUAUGGGUCAUUCUAUUCAACGGCGAACUCCCCGACGAGACUACGGUAGCCAGGAAGAGCGAGAUUGUGGGUGUCUGCGCCGGCGAUGUCUUCUACAUCAACGGGUACUGCUCUCGCAACAUCAACAAGCAGGAGUACGACAAGUACAUCGAUUCGCUGACAUCGGUGACCAAGGAAGGUGCGAGGAAACACGACAAGGUCGUCGUGGCCGGCGACUACAACGCAAAAUCGACCUGUUGGGGAGGAAAGACUACGGACAGAAGAGGGAGAGUCUCUUGA